GUUCUGUUUGUUUGUUUAUCUAAGGUGGAAAAAAAAACUUCUGUUCCAGCUAUGAAACGCAGCCGCAACAUUUUCAACAUUUAUCUAGAUAAUAUUUUAGUCUCAAUUGGCUUAAAUGUCAUGGCUCUAAACAAAUCUAUGCAUCCUCGGAACCGGUACAAGGACAAACCUCCAGACUUCGCUUAUCUGGCCUCAAAGUAUCCGGACUUCCAGCAGCACGUGCACACCAGCCUUGCAGGGAGACCCGUGGUGAAUUUUAAGGAGCCAGAGGCAGUGCGAGCUCUGACCUGCACUCUGCUGAAAGAGGAUUUUGGUUUGACCAUUGAGAUCCCCCUGGAGCGCCUCAUACCCACCGUCCCUCUGCGCCUCAACUACAUCCACUGGGUGGAGGACCUCAUUGAUGGACAGAAGAAACCACGCAGAGGCAUCGAUAUCGGAACCGGGGCCUCUUGCAUUUACCCCUUGUUGGGAGCUACCAUGAAUGGCUGGUUCUUCCUGGCCACAGAGGUGGAUGACAUCUGCUUCGACUAUGCGACCAAGAACGUGGAGCAGAACAACCUGUCAGACCUGGUUAAGGUGGUGAAAGUCCCGCAGAAGACUUUACUGAUGGACGCCUUGAAAGAAGAGACCGAAAUAGUUUAUGACUUCUGCAUGUGCAAUCCUCCGUUCUUUGCCAACCAGCUAGAAGCGAAGGGGGUGAACUCCAGGAACUCACGGCGACCUCCUCCCAGCUCUGUGAACACGGGCGGGGUGACUGAGAUCAUGGCAGAGGGAGGCGAACUGGAAUUUGUCAAGAGAAUCAUUCAUGACAGUCUGCAGCUGAAGAAACGCCUACGGUGGUACAGUUGCAUGUUGGGGAAGAAAUGCAGCCUGGCACCUUUGAAAGAGGAGCUGAGGAAGCAAGGGGUGCCUAAAGUGACCCACACAGAGUUCUGCCAGGGUCGGACCAUGCGGUGGGCUCUGGCCUGGAGUUUCUAUGACGAUGUGAUUGUUCCUUCUCCUCCCAGUAAAAAACGUAAGCUGGAAAAGGCGCAGAAGCCGCUGUCGUUCUCCAUACCAGAGUCAGGAGUGAAGGAGCUCCAGGCCAAGGCCCUGGCUGCAGGCUGCACUGACUGCAGCCCUGUGAACUGCAUCACUGUCCUCCUGGAGAAAACCCUCACUGAGCUACGGGUGAGAAGAACUGCAGCCACGACCGUGUUCUGUUCUUUAGACUUGGGUGGAACUGCCAAAAUACUGAAGAGAUUUCAUUUUGAGGUGGUGCACAAACGUGUCCCAUGCAGGAAGCCACUAGAGAGCCUCUUUUUGACCGCAGUUGAGAACACCUGGAUCCACGGAAGACAGAAGAGACGUGAGCAGAAGCGUCAGCUGCGGGAGCUUCCCAGGGCGCCUCAGUGCUCUGGCACCAGCUCUCAAACCAGUGGGGUCUCGGCUUCUCCCCAUGCACCCAGCCCCUCCCAGAAUGAGCUUACAUCCAGGCAGGAAGAUGACCAAGCGGGAAAAACUUUGACAAUUAAAGAAGAAAUCGAAAGCAAACCUGGGGAAGAAGAUGAGGUGACAAAUGUGGGAAUCGUCCCAGGGGAGGCUGAAGACAUGGAGACUUCCAGCUGUGCAGAAACAGAGAAGUGUGUUAAAGAAAGUGCCGCUGCUGCGAAUGAACCUCCCCCCAAGCGCCCCCACAGCCCGGGAACAGUCCAACACUUUCUGUUCCAGUGUCUGCUGAAGGUGAUGCUGGAGGAAAGUGAGGUUGUGGUGGAGAUGCACUGGGUGGGGGGUCAGAACAAAGACCUGAUGAACCAGCUGCGCACUUACCUGAUGAACAGUCUUUUAAAAACUGUUGCAAAGUCUUGAUGAUCAAAGUUGGUCUUUUAUGUCAAAUGGAAGCAUUUCAGAUGAUUGGGUUUUUUGAUACAUUUGAACAAACAAAAACACUUGUCUGAUGACCAAGUUUUUACCUUUUCAUUUACCGUAAGUGUUUCUGUGUGUUCUAAAGAUUCUCAUAUUUAGAUGAUAUGUUCAUAUUUGUACGCUGUGCCGAUGACCCAGAGUAUUAAAAGGCUUUUCCUGUUA